AUGUUGUGCGCCCAUUUCUCAGAUCAAGGACCGGCACAUCUUACUACCUCCAAGAGUGCUUUUCUCUCUAAUAAGGUAAACUAACUGAUAAAACAUCUACUUUGAAAACUGGGCGAGGCCAGGCGUCGUGGCUCAGCCUGUAAUUCCGGAAUUUCGGGAGGCCGAGGCAGGCAGAUUCCUUGA